AUGGUGACUGAGUGUCCAGCGUCUUCUAUUGCUCGUCUAAUGUGGCUUCUAGUAGAAACCAUACAGGUGGCCGAUGAGGGCUUUCUCGAUCGGCCCCACGGUGGGCGCCAAAUGUUCUUACCGAAAAUCUGCUAUAGAGCUGGUCCGUCCAGUAAGAUCGCCCUUUACGAUGCUGAAGAAAUAUUUCCAAUUUCAGAUGAGAAAUAUGCAGAAGAGAUACAACUACAAGAAGCCUUGUAUUCCUCUGUAUUGCCAAGUACUAGAGUUGAAAAAGAAGUUAUCCUAAUCGAUUUAGAAGUUGACAGUGACACUGACACUGACACUGACACCCUUUUGAGAUCAUUCAAAGGGAAACUGAAAGAGACUGGUGAAUCUUCUCUGGUCUAUUGUGGUAUUUGCAUGGAUGCCAAAACUAGGGAAGAAAUGUUCAGGAACCAAAACUGUUCACACUCCUUUUGUGAUGAUUGUAUUGGCAAAUAUGUGGCUGCAAAGAUUCAAGAGAAUAUAUCAACUGUGCAGUGUCCUGACCCCAAGUGCAAGGGCGUUGUAGAGCCACAGUACUGUCGUUCAAUCAUCCCUAAGGAAGUGAUAGAUAGAUGGGAAAAUGCCCUUUGUGAGAAUUUUUUCCUUGGAUCAGAAAAGUUUUAUUGUCCUUUUAAGGAUUGCUCAGCUAUGUUGAUAUCUGAUGCUGAGGAAAUUGUGACUGUUUCGGAAUGUCCACAUUGUAAUAGGCUGUUUUGUGCACGGUGCAAGGUUUCAUGGCAUUCAGGAAUAGAGUGUGGAGAGUUUCAGAAUUUGAAGCAGUAUGAAAGCGGAAGGGAAGAUCUAAUGGUUAUGGAACUUGCUAAGAAUAAAAGUUGGAGAAGAUGUUCAAAAUGCAAGUUCUAUGUCGAAAAAGCUGAUGGAUAUGUGGUAACCACUUUUGCUAUGCCUGUGGAUCCUCUUGGAAUUCGAAUCAUGCAUGUGGGCUUCCUUAAGGAUUUCUGGAGACAAAUGAAAUAUCAAGUGCAAAGCAGCAAUGUCUUGCGAGCUAAUUAG